CAGUCAUGGAGGCCAAGGUAUUACUGCUCUGUGUGGCAGUCUCUCUCUUGAACUGUCCCAUCUGGUCAUGCCCUGUUGGCACAGAAUUUGUUACUGUCUUCAUGAACAAUUACUUGGCCAAUAUGGAUAAAACCUCCUUUGAACUUGCCAUUACUGCCUAUAGUUCUGUGGCCAAAGUCCGGGUUGAAAUGAAGAGCGAUCAGUUCAUCAAAGAGGUUCAGGUGGAUAAAGGCCAAACCAUCCGGGUUUCUCUGCCCACAACUGCUGAAAAUGUGAAUGCUGGGAGAUCCACCAAAACUGUGAUAAUUACUUCAGAUAAUCCAGUAUCGGUGGUCUCAUUUAACAGCAAGUUAAAAACUGGAGAUAGCAGUGUGAUCUUCCCUACUGAAGAUCUGGGAUCUGAAUAUGUAGUGUUCACGCCAAAUACAGGCCAAUUGGGCAUGAACAAACUAGUGGCUAUCAUAAACGGCAAGCAGAGCAAUGCAGUAGAUAUCUACCCUAAGCGAACAAUCAAAAUUGAAGGAGUAGAAUACAAUCCUGGAAGUAAAUUAACCAUCACUUUGUCUCCAUAUGAAACAUUCCAACUUGCAGCUGGGUGUACCUUGACUGGAACUCGUAUUGUGGCCAAGAGUCCCUUAGCAGUAUUAGCAGGUCAUCAGUGCUCACUUCGAAACACAUUCUGUAACCACGUCUAUGAACAGUUGAUACCAGUUUCAAGAUUUUCAACACAGUUCGUGGUUGCUCCCCUUAAUGAAGAUCCUUCAGGAGACUUGGUUCACGUGGUGGCUGCUGAGGACAACACUUUGGUCACAUACUCCUCUGGAGCCACCAUCCAGGCAAAGACACUGAAUGCUGGAGAUGUCAUGGAUACAUGCAUUAGCAAAGCUACAUCCAUGGGUAUCUCAGCAUCUAAAAAAGUGAUGGUUAUGUAUUAUGGUGGAGGAGGAAAGUUUGACCCCUAUUUAGUCAACAUAAUACCAAAUACCAUGUUUACACAAACCUGGGCAGUAGAUACUCAAGCGACAUUUGAUAGCAGAGUAGUUAUCAUUGUCAAGAAAGAUGGUAGCGGUUAUGUUUCCCUGAAUAACCAAAAAACUCCCUGAUAAUACCCUCUGGCAAAGGUUUAUCAGAAAUCCAGAUUAUCUGUGGACUGAAGUGUCACUUGGCACUCAAGGGGGUCAUUUUAUCAUCAACAGCAACUUUUUAAUGGCCGUUUAUGUCUAUGGCUUCAAAGAUCAAGAUGGUUAUGGAACAAGUGGAGCAUGCUUUUCUGCCAUAGAUCCUUGUAGUUCAAUUAAAUGUCGAGAAAAGGAAAAGUGUGAUAAAGGAGUCUGCAUACCUCUCUCCAAGGCUACCUGCUGGGCUGUCGGUGAUCCUCAUUACAAAACCUUUGAUGGCAAAACAUUUGAUUUCCAAGGCACAUGCACUUAUACUCUGGCUAAAAGCAACGAAAAAGAUACUUCUAUAGUGGCAUUCUCUGUGACCGUGAAGAAUGAAAAUCGCGGCAGUACUAAAGUGUCUUUUGUCAAGACAGUGAAUGUGAAUAUUUACGGCCAAACCAUUACAAUUACAAAAAUGGAAAAAGGCACAGUCCGGGUAAACGGUGUGACAACAAAUCUGCCAGUCACUUUGCAGAAUGGCCAGCUCCGUGUGUAUCGCAGUGGGAUCUCAGCUUUUGUAGAUACAGCUGUUGGAAUCCAGGUGUCGUUCGACUGGGAAAUGUCUUUUGCCCUCACCAUCCCCAGCACUUAUUUCAAUAGCGUCAGUGGGCUUUGCGGAAACUACAAUGACAACAAGGAUGAUGACCUAAUGAACCCCGAUGGAAGCACUGCUUCAAGUGUCUUAGUGUUUGGAAGUAGCUGGAAAGUAGAAGAUGAUGACCUGUUUUGCCACCAUGACUGCACAGGUGGCUGUCCUAGUUGUGAGGAGAGCCUGCAGCAGAAAUAUCGUAGUGAAGGCUUCUGCGGUCUCAUGGCCAAACCAGAUGGACCCUUCGCAAACUGCCAUGCCUCAAUUGACCCCAAGAUGUAUGUCAACAACUGUAUUUAUGAUAUGUGCAUUAACAAUGGCUAUCUCCUCUUCCUUUGCCAAGCUAUGAAGAGCUAUGCUGAGGCUUGUCAGAGAGCCGGGGUCAAGGUGUUAGACUGGAGAACACCAGCAAAUUGUCCCCUACCAUGCCCUGAAUACAGCCACUAUGAACUUUGUGGAAAUGCCUGCCCAGCAUCAUGUAGUGAACUUGACGCCCCUGCCAACUGUAAACUUCCCUGUGUGGAAACGUGCCAGUGUGACGCAGGGUACGUGCUGAGCGGUGAUAAAUGUGAGCCCAAAGAUAACUGCGGCUGCACCUACAAUGGACGUUACCUUUCAUCAGGAGAAUCCUUCUUGACAGAUAAGUGUGACCAACAGUGCACCUGUGAUCCAAGCACUGCCAAGGUUAAGUGUGUCACUUUUAAGUGCAAGAGCUCAGAACAGUGUGAUCUCCGUAAUGGAGUGAGAGGCUGCUUCCCUACUACUUACUCCAAAUGUGUGGCAUCUGGCGAUCCUCACUACAUCACCUUUGAUGGCAAGACCUAUGAUUUCCAGGGUACUUGUGUCUACCAGUUUUCCAAACUGAUUUCCACAGAUCCCACGCUCGUCCCCUUUGAAGUACAAGUCCAAAAUGAACACCGAGGCAAGAACAAGGCAGUGGCCUACACUAAAUUCACUCUUAUCAACAUCCUUGACAAUCAAAUUAUAAUGUCCAACGAAAACCCUGAAAAAGUCAUGGUUAACAAUAUUUAUGUAACUCUUCCAUUCUACAUUGAACGAAACAAGGCCUCCAUUUUUAGGAGUGGUCAGUUUGCUGUUUUGCAGACCAAAUUUGGUCUAAGACUGACCUUCAACUGGGACGGUUACAUUGCUCUCACACUGCCCAGCUCCUACUCCGGUGCUGUUGCUGGGCUUUGUGGAAAUCUUAACGGUAACAAAGAUGAUGAUCUAAUGAAACCCGACAAGACGCAAGCGAAAACCCCUGAUGAAUUUGGGAAGAGCUGGCUAGUGGAGGAGAUUCCAGGAUGCAUUCACGCAUGUCAGGGCACAUGUCCCACCUGUGAUGUUAACAUGAAGCACCAGUAUGAAUCAAAUGAUUAUUGUGGCAUCCUCAUAGACAAAGCUGGGCCUUUCAAGGACUGCCAUGCCAAGGUGGAUCCUAAGCUUUACUUUGACAACUGUGUCUAUGAUGUGUGUCUGUACAAAGGCCAGGCUGCUUCUCUCUGUCAGGCUCUCACUGCCUACACAGCUCUCUGCCAAGAUGCUGGUGCCAAGAUAUCUGUAUGGAGGACUGACAAAUUGUGUCCUCUAAACUGCAAGGCAAACAGCCACUAUGAGGUGUGUGCCUCUGGAUGUCCCCUGACAUGUUAUGGCCUAACCACACCACCAAGCUGCGAGGGCGAUCUCUGUAAAGAAGGAUGUGCCUGCGAUGAUGGGUUUGUACUCAGCGGAGGUGACUGCGUACCACUGACUAAUUGUGGCUGUGUUUACAACGAGCAGUAUUACAAGGUCAAUGAAGUCUUCUUCCCACAAGGUCUGUGCUUCCCAAAGGUGUGUUUUGCAACAUUGGUGGAAAUGUGA